AUGGCUAGGGGGUCUCUUAGCGCCAAGCUCGGCGCUAACUCUGUGAUAGAGGACGGGAUGUCUAGGCCAUUUAUAGGUGUAGAUGCAUCUGCUCUGCGUGGCAGAUAUACUGGGCAGCUAGCAUUAGCAACUGCAGUGGAUGGCCACAAUUGGUUGUAUAAUGUGGCCUAUGGUGUUUUUGAUUCUGAGACAGAAGACAACUGGACGUGGUUCAUGCAGCAGUUGCGUAGAGGUGUUGGUUAUCCAACUGGUUUGGUUAUAUGUACAGAUGCCUGUAAAGGUCUUGAAAAGGCUGUGGAUGCAGUUUUCCCUGGGGUAGAGCACAGGGAGUGUAUGAGACACAUGUAUGCCAACUUCAUGAAGCACUAUCGUGGAGAUGUGUUCACUGAUCACUUGUACCCAGCUGCAAGAAGUUACACUGAGGGUUUGUUCAAGUGGCACAUGAACAAGAUCUUUGAGUUUGAUCCAGGGAAGGCGUGA